AUGUCAACCAUUCAAGACAGCACCAUUCGCCUCAACACACAGGAGGACUGGAUGCAGUGGCAGACGCAGUUUGAAGGCCUAGCUAGAGGCAAGGAUAUUUGGGAUAUUAUUACAGGUGACGGAGAGGAUCUUCCAAAGCCUAGAAUGCCUAACGAAGAGGAUUAUCUUCCUCCACCUGCUAAUAGCACCCGAAAUGCCUCCACAGGGUCCCAUGCGGAAUAUCAACUGGCUCGAGAAGCUUAUCAAAAGGCCAUCAAGACUCCAAAGCCCAGGGACAUCAACACCUGGAUAAACAAUUGGGAGUUAGCCAUGCAGAAGGGGAUAAAGGCAAAGAUUGCAGUUGCUACUUCCUUAACUGAUUGGAUUAAAGACUUUCUAAAUGCAGUGCGAUCUUUGAAUCCUCACUGGGUAGAAUCUUAUUGGAUAAAUAAGAAGCAAGACAUUCAAGAAGAAAGCCUCUCCUUUAGAAUGGUCGCGCAGGACUUCCGUGAUAGCAUGAAUCGAAUGGGAUUACCUCAAGGCAAGAUUGCCAAGGGAUCAUUCGGUCCUACCUUUGGAACUCAAGACGAAGGUAGUGAUGCCUCUAUCUCUGGAACUCAUGGCAGAGAUAGUGACGAAGAUAAGGCACCCGCACCAGAUACUAGGAGGUCCCGAAAGCGGAAGCAGAGGACCGAAAGCCGUGGAUCACCGAAGGAGUUCAAGAGGAACAAUCCGGGAUCAUCAAGACCGUGCAAAGGCCUGCAGAGCUUGCGGACAAUGGCAUAA